ACUUGAAAAGUUUUCAUGCGGUGGUUAGUUGCGAGAAUUAAUCAUAAAUAAACAAUCGGAAUAUUGAUAAGUAUUUUCUUGUUUUUAUGUCAUGUUUAGCAAUCCCUACACUACCGACUGCAAUACCAACUGAAAUACCGACAACUGAAAUACCGACAAGGAGUUGGAUCAAGUGGCAAGCGGCUUGUUCCAGUUUAAGUAAGAUUUCGAGUUCGAGACCUUGUGUACGCAACAGCCUCCGUUGGGAGACCUCCCCACCACAACUCGGUGCGCCACGUGAGUCGAUCCGGAUUAGUCGGGGCUUCGCCUCGGAUACCGGACGGAAAACAAAAAAAAAACACUACCAACUGAAAUUAGGAUUUGAUAAGCACUCAAAAUCGUAUCAACAACGACAAGUAGGAGAAUAAAAGCGAUCUUAUGAAAAAAACAGUCAGUAGGGAUGCAAUCAUGGGAGAUUAGACAGAAACCUGAAGACGUUACGGAGUUCGAAGACUUUGCACUUGAAAUGAGCAAGUUCAUGCUGGAUGUUGGGAAUUUUGUUUGGGAUGACACCAUCUUCAAUGGCAAGAAUUUUGAUGAUUAGAGUUCUAUAAAGAGGAAGCAGGAGGCAUGCAAUGCGAAGUGGUACUGAAUGAUUUAAAUUUUCUCACAUUCAAAUUUCCAAAUAGGCUGAGUGCAUCCAAUACCAGAUUGAGCUUCCUUGGAGUUCAAAAUGCAAAGUAACACCCGGAAUUAGAUUUAUCAAUCAGGAAGUUAAUUCUGGAUGUUCCAAUUCUUUGAGGUGCAAUACAUGAGGGACUCCUUUUGGCCACAAGGUCUUUUGGAAGUAAGCAGUUAAAGGAGAAAAGCAGAAGCAGAGUAGCUAAUGUAAUGUAUGUCUGUGUAAACUGAUUCCCAUGGUCAAAUCUUUAAUUUGCAGCCCAUUCACUUAAGAAUUUUGGCAUGGAAUUUGAAAUAUUGGUCUUCAACUGUAGCCAUGUGAUGCCUCUCCAAGUUGCAGUCCCUUAUGAUUUCUGGCUGUCCGGAGUUAAAGGAAAGAUGGCCUAACAAAAAUAGUAACAUCUUCAAUGGUAAAGAUUUUGGUUAUAGGAGAUUUCAAAAUGUUUGCCUUUGGCAUAAGCUAUGCAGUGCCUCUCAUGUUGCAAUUGCUGAAUGCCCAAAAGUUGACUUAAAGAUGCCCAAAGUUGCAGUUCCUUUGGUAAUUUGUAAUCACUUUUCUCAAGGUGCUAAAGUCAUGUUUCAUAAGUGAAAUUAACAAGUAACUGUUUAUUUAUUUAUUCAUUUUUGCACAGUAGCUAUAGGGAGAAUAUGAGUGAACAAUUCAGCUACCUAAUUAUGGAUCUAUAGAUUUUUAAUGUUCAGAUAUGAAUUCAGAAACUUAGCCAUUGACUGUUACUCUAUAAAUUCAAGCAGAAAGAUGGAAUCACAUACGACUCAAAGGUCAUUGGCCUGAAAUGCACCCAGUGAAUGCUCAUUCAAUAAGCGAGCAGUAGCAGGAGAAAUUGGAGGGAAAGUGUGUUGACAAGCAAAGAUAAUUCAAGUGUUCAAUAUCUCAUUCCUUAGGCCACGACGUCUUUUGAAUGUAACCUAUUUAGGAGAGCGGCUCAUGUUGAUUAGCUUAGGACUUUCUUGCAGCACCAGUUGCAUUUGUGCAGAUUCCAGUUCAGUAGGCUGUUCCUUACUUGAGUAUCACAGUCUCAUUUCCUUCAAAAAUAGAACUCUAGGACCAUGCCAGGUGACCAAUGCCUCAAAAUCUUACUUUCAAGGAACUGUUUUUUGUUUGAGGCUUUCUGAAAUUUCUCAGUGGACAUUGGCUGGUGUGGCAUUAAGAGACUUUCAAUGGAGUUGGACUCCUUGGACUGCAUGAAGUGCCUGAGAAAUUGGAAUACUAUUCUUGCAGACAUGUUGAGAAUUUGAUUCCAGAGUCCCAAGUUUUUCCUUUCUUUCCUUGGGAAAUUUGCAGCCUAUCUUGAUUAAUCAUGGGAGAAAUGCUUUGGCUUUAGCUUUUUACAAAGCAAGGUGCAAACAGACCAAAAGACUGGGAUGUUUGGCUUCUCUAAGACCUCCACUUUUUUCUUUUGAAACUGAUAGCUGGCUUAGGAGGAAUGCUUAACUGUUCUGCUACCUUCCAUUUUUUUGUCUAAUGUCCUAGUUAAUUACUUGUAAGGGUUGGAGUACCCCCUUGUACUCCUCUUUCUAACAAAAUUUUUGCUUUGGU